CCGUGGGCACUACUUAUUGCAAAUGUGAGACCAAUUCUAGCAUGGUUAACGUUCUGACGUUCGUAUGUGCAGAACAGAUUCAUGGAUAGCCCCAACAACAUCUGCCGCCUUUGCGGGACAGUGCUGUGCGGGAACCAGCGGCGAUGGCUGUUCAGUCGCAGUGGACGCAACACCCGCCCUGACCUGCUGGUGGUGCUCUCGUACGUGCUCAGCCAAGAGGCUCCGUGCCGUGGUGACGGACGCGGGGAGUUCUUGUGCGGGAAAUGUGCCCAGGCCCUGAGCCGGGUGUACCGCUUCGAUACCGUCAUUGCCCGGGUGCAAGCCCUGUCAAUUGACCGCCUCCAGCGCUUGCUCUCGGAAAAAGACCAGCUGGCCCGCUCCCUGCGCUACAUCCAUGCUCGCCAGUUCCCGGAUGACGGGGACUCGGUGUCUUACGUGGGGCAAGAAAUAUCAGCAAGUAUAGCAGACUUGCCCCACGUGCGUUACCAGCGGCUCCUUCAGGAUGACAUGGCCCUCUCUGAAUACGAGUGCUGGGCCAGCGACGCGAACAGCAGCCGGGUGGGCACGCCGUGCCGGAACCGCCGAUGCCGCAGCUGCCACGGGCUCCGAGUGGAGGACUCGGAUUACGAGUGGGUGUGCCAGACACCGAGAAGGCUGGGUUCGCUGUCUCCUGGCUACCCCCUCUGCCGGGACAAGUCCCAGAGCAUGCCCACAGUGCGCUACGCCGGAUCCCGGGUCUCCAUCCGGUCGCAGAGUCUGGGGGAUGCGGAGUCGUACUCGAUGCUUUCGCUGGAUACCUUGCCCGAGUCGGAUUUGGCUUGGGAGGCUCUGACUGCGCUGAGGGACAUUAGAAGGAAGUGUCUCAGAGUGCCAGAGGGCAGCAAGAUCCCAGUGCUCGCAGGGAGGAGGCACGUGCCCACACCUCAGAGGGAGAGCCCCCUGGGGCAGGAGGCGUAUGAAGAAAUGGAGGAUGAAUUUGUCCCCAUCAAGUCAAAGGUAAGAGGCACAGAAGAAGGCAGCGCCUGGUGCUGGGACAGCUUUGGUCUGAAUGGAGAUGGUGUCUCUUCCCCUUUUUACAUCCUCUGCAUUAGACACGGGAGCUGGGCCAGUUUUUGUGUCAUGGGUUCAGAUUUAACCAAGAUGCUGUAA